AUGGAAAGGAAAUUAUCGUACAAGGAAGAUAACAUUUGUUAUGCCAGUAUUGAUAGAAAGGGAAAAGGCAGAUAUGUGAAAAGGAAGUUAAUCAAAUUAUUGGAGACGGACGAUGAGCCUUCUAAUGCCACCAUUUGUAUAAAUGGAAAAGACAGAGCUCCGAAAAGGCAAAAAUUGGACAGAGAAGAUGACACUUCUGAUGCCACCAUUGACAUAAAUGAAAAGAAAAGAUACAGAAAGGUUCGACCAGCACACUAUACCUUUGAGAUUGAGUCAUUCUCCUCACUUUUGGAGACUAAGGUCGAAAAGUAUGAAACCAAUGAUUUUGAAUCUGGUGGCUACAAAUGGAGAAUGGUUCUUUACCCAAAUGGGAAAAAGAAGGAAGAUGACAAUAGUCACAUAUCAUUAUUCUUGGCAAUGACAGAGCCGGAUGAUGUUUCUCUAGGUUGGGAGGUUAACGUUUCUGUCACCUUUUUUUUGUUCGAUAGAAUUCGCGACAGAUAUUUGGCUGUUCAAGAUGCUGAUAGGAUAGACUGGCGGUUUCAUAAGAUGAAGAUGGAAUGGGGUUUCAUUAAGUUUCUUUCUCAUGACACUUUGCGUGACCCUUCGAAAGGCUUCCUGGUAGAUGAUUGUUGCAUAUUUGGAGUGGAGGUAUUUGUUAUUAAAAGACCUGGUGAAGGAGAGAGUCUUUCAUUCGUCAAAGAACCUGCAAAUGGUCUACAGACUCAGCCGAUUAAGAACUUUUCGAAGCUGAAUGAACCUGUCUGGUUCUCUGAUGUGUUUAUUGUUGAAGGAAUAAAAUGGUAUGUGUUGAUUGUUGUAUUGCUUAAGUACUAUUGUUAUGCUUAG